UUCUUUGUCCUCUCCUGGAUUUAGGACCCCGACUGAGGGACUGGGAAGGUCACAUGGUCCAAACUCAAACGGGUUAAAGGGGAGUCCUUUUGUUUCAUUUGAGAAAGGACAGUAAAUAAAGAGGAGUGCUGAAUAACAUUGGGACCAUUCCUUGAAGGAAUUAUCUACACAGUUGGCAGCAAAAGAGUUAUUAUUUCAUUUUAGUGCUGAGAGCCCCCCUACAGCAGUGACACCAUGAGUUGGAGCUUCUUGACACGGUUGCUGGAAGAGAUUCACAACCAUUCAACCUUUGUGGGGAAGAUCUGGUUUACCAUCCUUAUCAUCUUCCGCAUCGUGCUGACGGCCGUCGGAGGGGAGUCCAUCUACUAUGAUGAACAAAGCAAGUUUAUCUGCAAUACGCAGCAGCCUGGUUGCGAGAAUGUCUGCUAUGAUGCAUUUGCCCCCCUCUCCCAUGUGCGUUUCUGGAUCUUCCAGGUAAUCUUGAUCUCUACACCCUCCAUCAUGUACCUGGGCUUUGCCAUGCAUAAGAUUGCGAGGAGUGCUGAUGAGGACUAUAAUCCAAGGAGCAAGAAAAGGAUGCCAGUGAUCCAGAGAGGGGCGAGCAGGGAUUACGAGGAAGCCGAGGAUAACGGUGAAGAAGAUCCCAUGAUCUUUGAGGACAUUGAGCCAGAAAAAGAGGAAAAAGUGGAGAAGCAGAAGCAGAAACAGCACGAUGGGAGACGGAGGAUCAAGCAGGAUGGGCUGAUGAAGGUGUAUGUUCUGCAGCUGCUGACUCGCUCAAUCUUUGAGGUGGCCUUCCUCUUUGGCCAGUAUAUCCUAUAUGGCUUUGAGGUGAUGCCUUCCUAUGUUUGCAGCCGUAGCCCGUGUCCCCACACUGUGGAUUGCUUUGUCUCAAGACCCACAGAAAAGACCAUCUUCCUUCUCAUCAUGUAUGUGGUGAGUGCUCUUUGUCUUGUCAUGGAUAUUCUUGAAAUGUUUCACCUGGGUAUUGGUGGCAUUCAGGAUUUCCUCGGCAAGAAACCCACGAAGCCAGUGAUUAACAUGGAUAUAAAAUCUCCAAUUUCUAGGCGUCGGUCUUCGGCUCCACCAGGCUACCACACAGCCCUCAAGAAGGACACCAAGGGCAAGAUGUCAAAUGGUAUCAAGCAAGGAUACAGGGAUAACCUAGCUGAGACUGGUAGGGACUCCUUCAGGGAUGAGCCUUCUUCCAGGGAGUUGGAGAGGCUGCGACAGCACCUGAAGAUGGCCCAAGAGCACCUAGACCUGGCUUUCCAGAUGGACACCACCAGCCCAUCACGCAGCAGCAGCCCAGAGUCCAACGGCACUGUAGCUGAGCAGAACCGACUGAACUUUGCGCAGGAGAAGGAGGGAGGUGCUUGCGGAAAAGGAGGAAUUGGAGCCUGAUCUGUCCAAACUGGAAUCUGCAUGCAAGCAUUGCUGCAUGCAGUCAUUGGAACCGACCUACGGAAACUCAGUAACUGGAAUGACAAUGAUAGAAUUGACAUAGGAAUCUUUUCCAUUUGCAGACUUGUUUUGUGAGGGUUGAAAUUGUCUUAAUCAGUGUUGCUUAGACCAGUAGAGGAAUGUCAAGAGUUGAUUGGGGACCCACAUUUUGCGCACCCACAUCUUAUUUGUUAUGGGCCUGAUAAUUCAAGCUGGAAUUAGUGCUUCAACCGCUUUAUGCCAAAUUUCUUGUUCUGGCCCAUUUAAGUUUGUGUCAGAAAUAUUCUGCUGAACACUGUUAUGGGCCAUAGGCCAUAUUAAUGUCUUUGUUUACAUUCCCAAGUCAUUCCAAAUAAUCAGCGUGCCAAUAAUAAAGGCAGCUGUUGCUUAUAUUUUUAUAAAAGCAGUUAUGUAAAAAUGAGGUAACCAAAAUGUACAAAAUCCCUUGGCUUCUGUUCAAUCAAACCCAGUCCAUGGAUGCUCUGUAGCAAAGUGUAGCAUGGGUUAGGUGAGUUUCUGUUUAUCAAGAAAUUUGCUGCACAUGUGUGGUUGUUGUUUUUUUAUUUGUUUUUUCCUCUAGAUAUGCACUUGAGAAGGGAGAGAUGCACUUGGAUAGGCACAACUGCUCUGGCUGUGGGAAGGAGUUAAAGUGAUUAGGAGAGGCAAGAGCCCUGCGUGCUUAUGGAGAGAACAUUGCUGAUUUUGUUUCUUCAUAAAGCACAAUUUCCAGGUUAAAAGUUUUGCAACUGCAAACUUCUUACCUUGCACAGAAGAGCAAAAAAACUAAGCUGCACAUUAUACCAAGUGCUUGUUUUCCCAACCCAAGUGCUAUGAUAUUACAGAAGCCUUUAUGGUGCCUUGUCCAUUUCAGAAACCUGGGAAAAGCUUGAAAUUUCCAUCUCAUUUUUUUUUCUACCAUUUAUUUUAGUUAGUCAUGUUUGCUUUUGUAGUCAUGUUAGUAACAUAUAUUUGUUUAAAAGACUGUAAUGUCCAAGUAGAAUGCUGAUUUAUCUAUAAAGACUUCUCGGUACUGGCUAUUUUUUCCCAUGUUUUCAAUGAUCUGUUAAGAUUUACUGUAAAACUUGCCACCUGUGCUGUACAAUGUGUACCUCUUUCUGUGAAUUAUUUUUAAACCAGUUUCUCAGGAUAAUCCAACUGGGAGUCCCUCAAGUCUUGUCGCGAUUCCAGUUAUUAGGAACCAAAAGUAGAAAUUGUGUAUUGUUUUGCAGAGGAAUUUAUAACCUCCUUUUACACAGUUCAACGCUGAGGUUUUAAAUAAACAUGACACAAUACUUCUGUACUUUUUUUUCCUAGUCUUAAUUUCCAUUGCUUUCACAGUACUGUGCUUUGUUUUUCAACCCUUCUGGUUUCAAGUUAGGUUUGCAUGUAUGUCUGGUAAAGAUUACUUGUUGCCAGUUCCAAUUAUUUAUAUUGUAAGUUACUUGCAUUUUGUUCUUUCAGUACUCUCAUUUUAAAGUGUUUUAGUUAAUCAUUUAGAAGUGUGUGGUCGUUGAUGCUCAAUUGUUUGACAUCUCUGGCACCAAACUACUGCACUCAGAAGCAUUUGUACUUGCAGUAUAUAUACCUUUUAAUUCAGAAGUUAUAAACUAUUCCACAUGUCAACCAGAUCACUGUUUCCACUGUCAAGUUUUAAUGGUGAUACACACUUGGAUUUCAAGUUUAAAACUUUGCUAAAGAAACCUUGCAUUGGAUGAUGAUUUAGAGAGAUCCCAAAAAAUAGGCAGUGGAAACCACUUUUGAUUUUGUGGUCUUUAGGCCUUAUCAAAGUAUACAUGUUUUUUGUGAACCAUCUUUUAUAUCUCAAGUGAGAGCCUAGAAUGAAGACUGCUAUAUGACUCAUAUUUUUGGACUGUUAAAUUGGUGAGCUACAGUACGUUUUAUACUUUAUAUAUAGUAUUUUUUUUCUUCUACAUUAUGGUUCUUGUAUUUCAGAAUUUAAGGAAAAAAUAAAAGUGUUUGCACUUCA